UAACGGAGACUUAACUUUGUAAAGCAGACGCGUUUCCACUGAUGCUACCUACAUUCACAAUGAAAGUUGUUGGAAACUCAAUUUGUGUGGAAUUCAAUGCACAAAUAAAGAUAGCAGCUUCUGACUGGUGAGUAGCGAUGUGCCAAUUUAUCCCAAAUUAGACAUGCCAUUCUUCAGUAAAAAUCUUUUUUUCUCUGCUGUAAGGCGGAAGAAAGAGAAGGACUGUUAUUUGAAGAACGGAAGUUGUGUGCUUCAGGAGCUUCUUGCUUUAUGCGACGGAAAUUGCAGAGUUCCCAUCCGUUACUUCUCUGCCAUAGAGAUCAAUAAUGCAAUAAAAAACUCUCAAACCAAAAUGGAACUUGCUGAUGUGUCUAUGGUUACGGGAUUACUAGGCAACCGCCCUGUAUUAGUUAGGUUCAAUAAAUGGACCUACAAUAUCCAUCGAGAUAUAGCGAUUACUGCUCAGAUGAGUCAUCUGAAGAAUGUGCUGAGACUAAUCGGUUGCUGUCUAGAGUUUGAAGAGCCAGUUAUCGUGUAUGAAUAUGUUAAAGGUAUAUCUCUUAGCGAUCUACUUUUCAAAAAGGGUAAUCUUAAUAGAAAAUCGUCCUUGUCUUGGGGAAGUAGAUUACGAGUUGCACGUGAUGUCGCUUCUGCAGUCGUUUUCCUCCAUACUGAAUUUACUACGCCAAUCAUCCACAGAAAUAUAAAGUCAUCUAAAGUGAUAAUUGAUGAGAUCUGCGGUGUUGCCAAAAUAGUAGACUUCUCGCUCUCCAUAUCACUGCCUCCAGGGGAAUUGGAGGUACAAGAUCAGGCGUGUGGAACAAUGGGGUAUGUAGCUCCAGAAAAUUUAGCCUCAGGUAUUAGUACUCAAAAAACUGAUGUCUACAGCUUUGGGAUUCUUCUCUUACUGAUAUUAACCGGAAAGGACGUGUACGAUAUUAUUGACAGAGUGGAUUCUAUAAAACCAGAAGAGAAAAUACAUUUUGGAGAAGACUCGGGUAAUUCUACGAAUUCAAAAGAGACAAUAGUAGAUUUUAAAAAUCUUCCAACCUCUUACGUCCUUCUCGAUCACUAUAUUAAAGAGGCUAAUGUAAUGGAUAUAACGGACCCUAUCAUUUUAGAAGAGCAUGGUAUUGAUAUUCAACAACAGUUGGAAGACUACUUGGAUCUUGUUAAAAAAUGCACAGCUUUGAAGGGAGAUAAUAGACCCUACAUGAUUCAUGUCGCAAGGGAAUUGUGUCGAAUGGAAAAGUCUUUUCGUGCCCUCGCUCUUGGUCAGAAUUAACUGUUUAGAGGUAUUCGUAUUAGGUUCCGAUUUCAAGGAAAUUCAAUUUGUUUGUAGCCUCAUAUUUAUGUUAAACAAAAAAGAUCAAUGAAUUGUCAAUUUGAUCUUUACUUUGCUCUAUUUAGUUUGAUUUCUCCUUA